AUGGCGCGGCGCUGGCGGCCGUCGCACCUGGUGUUCGCGGCGGCGGCGGCGUACCUCAUCCUCAUCUCGCUCAAGUUCCGCCGCGUGCUCGACCUGGCCACCUCCGACCUAUCCGCCGUCGACCCCGCCUUCUCCUCCCCGUCCUCCACGGACCACCUGCCCCCGCUCCUCCCAUCCCCGCAUCCCAACGCCACCCUCUUCCACGUCCAGCCCUUCUGGCACCGCUACGACCGCGUCUCCCUGACCGACCUCGCCGCGCGCAACCGCUCGGCGCUCGACCGCAUGGCGGACGACGCCUGGGCCCUCGGCCUCACCGCCUGGGAGGACGCCGCGGCCUUCGCGGGCGACCCCGCCGACCUCGCCGCCGUCGACGCCGCCCCCGCCGACAAGUGCCCCGCCGCGGUCUCCGUGCGCGCGCGCGGCCGGGUCGUCAUCCUGCCCUGCGGCCUCGCCGCCGGCUCCUCCGUCACCGUCGUCGGCACGCCCAGGGUCGCGCACAGGGAGUACGUGCCGCAGCUCGCCAGGAUGCGACAGGGCGACGGCACCGUGCACGUCUCGCAGUUCAUGGUCGAGCUGCAGGGCCUCAGGGCCGUCGACGGCGAGGACCCGCCCAGGAUACUGCACCUCAACCCCAGGCUCAGGGGGGACUGGAGCCAGCGACCCAUCAUCGAGCACAAUACCUGCUACAGGAUGCAGUGGGGCUCAGCGCAGCGUUGUGACGGCUUACCGCCUGAAGACAACGAAGAUAAGGUCGAUGGGUUCACCAAAUGUGAAAAAUGGAUACGUGAUGAUAUCGUUGACAGAAAAGAAUCCAAGACAACUUCAUGGCUAAAGAGGUUUAUAGGGCGUGCGAAGAAACCAGCAAUGACUUGGCCAUUCCCUUUUGUAGAAGACAGGCUGUUUGUUCUUACAAUACAAGCUGGAGUUGAAGGUUUCCACAUAUAUGUUGGUGGCCGCCACGUGACAUCUUUCCCUUAUCGGCCAGGAUUCACUCUUGAGGACGCAACAGGAUUAUAUGUUAAGGGUGAUGUGGAUGUCCAUUCAGUCUAUGGCACUGCUCUUCCUAUGUCUCAUCCCAGUUUUUCUCUCCAGCAAGUCCUUGAGAUGUCAGAUAAAUGGAGGUCCCAACCACUGCCAAGAGAUCCAGUGUACCUUUUUAUCGGAAUACUCUCGGCAUCGAAUCAUUUUGCUGAACGCAUGGCUGUGAGAAAAACUUGGAUGCAAACUUCAGAAAUUAGGUCUUCUAAAGUAGUAGCACGUUUCUUUGUUGCACUGAAUUCUAGGAAGGAGGUCAAUGUGAUGCUGAAGAAAGAAGCGGAAUACUUUGGAGAUAUUGUCAUUUUGCCAUUCAUAGAUCGUUAUGAACUGGUAGUUCUUAAGACAAUCGCUAUUUGCGAGUAUGGGGUGCAGAACUUGACAGCUGCCCAUGUCAUGAAGUGCGACGACGAUACAUUUGUGAGGGUAGAUGUGGUUCUUAGACACAUCAAGAUGAACUCCUUAAGCAAACCAUUAUAUAUGGGAAAUCUUAACCUCUUGCACAGACCACUGAGAACUGGAAAAUGGGCAGUUACGGAGGAGGAAUGGCCUGAAGAUAUUUACCCACCUUAUGCAAACGGACCCGGUUAUGUAAUUUCUGGUGCGAUAGCAAAGUUCGUCAUGUCUCAGCAUGCCAAUCAGAGUUUAAGGCUAUUCAAGAUGGAGGAUGUAAGUAUGGGGCUAUGGGUCGAAAAGUUCAAUUCUACAAUGCCUGUCAGGUAUUCUCACAGCUGGAAGUUCUGCCAGUACGGUUGCCUCGAGAACUACUACACAGCACAUUAUCAGUCACCAAGGCAAAUGCUAUGUUUGUGGGAGAAGUUGGUCCGGGGUCGCCCAUCCUGCUGCAACUACAGAUAGCGGGAUGCGAUCUGUCAUUCACUUGGUAGUCAGCAUAUUCCUUCUAUCCCAGCCGGUGAGUUUGGCUGUGGCUGGUGUUCUCUUUUUUUGACACGAAUCACCCAUGGAUAGCUUAGAGGCUGCUGCUCCCUUGGCUCGAUUGAGCUUACAUUGCUGUGAGGUUGAAGCUUGAAGAUUAGGUAGGAAGCUGCAACCCUCUGGUUUCAUACAUUUGCCUGGUUUACUACGUUCAUGUAAUUGGUCCCCGUUUUCUUUUAGGGAGAUUAAUCCCAUUUUGACGUAGAAGAUGUGAUCAAAAUAUUGAGAUGUAUGUCUGUUGAUAACUUAUGGUAGACAAAAUGAUCACAUGUUCUUCUCGUCUCCAUGUGAUGUUAAAUCAUCAUAGUUUCUUCU